AAUAAAUUAAGAAAAAAAUCUUAGGGCAAAAGGACUAAGUGAAGCGGGGAAUUAGGUUAGCACCGUACUAGGGGGACUGGGGAUUUUGUGUCUCAUAAUUUGUACCAAUCGGAAGAAGAAAAACAAAGCGGAGCAGCCAGAGAAACAUAAAGAGAUCGAAGAAAAGAAAAUGGGUUGGAUCGGAGACACCGUAGACUCCAUCAAAUCAAUCCAGAUCCGCCAGCUUCUCACCCAGGCCGUUAGUCUCGGUAUGAUUGUUACAUCGGCCCUUAUAAUAUGGAAGGCAUUGAUGUGUAUCACUGGCAGUGAAUCUCCUGUUGUUGUUGUUCUUUCAGGAAGUAUGGAACCUGGCUUCAAGAGGGGGGACAUUUUGUUCUUGCACAUGAGUAAAGAUCCUAUCCGUGCUGGGGAGAUUGUUGUUUUUAAUGUUGAUGGACGUGAAAUCCCAAUUGUCCAUCGUGUAAUUAAGGUCCAUGAAAGGCAAGAUACUGGAGAAGUUGAUGUCCUCACCAAAGGAGACAACAAUUAUGGGGAUGACAGGCUUUUAUAUGCUCAAGGUCAGCUCUGGCUUCAACGGCACCAUAUCAUGGGCAGAGCUGUGGGGUUCUUGCCUUAUGUUGGUUGGGUGACUAUAGUCAUGACUGAAAAGCCAAUUAUCAAGUAUAUUCUUAUCGGGGCAUUGGGAUUGCUUGUUAUAACUUCCAAAGACUGACAGCUGAAGCAAAUUCAAGGUUUGGCCAAACACCAAGCAGAUCCUUCUAUAAGACUAAAAUUGCCAACUGCUUCUACCCUCUCCUUUGUAUUGGUCAUUCCUGGCUUUUGUAUACUGAGAACGGAAUACUUGGUUAUGAUUUGAUAAUUUAAGGCCAGAAAGAAUUGUAGUGAAGCAGGCAUCAGCAACUCUGGUUUUACUUUCUAUUUAUAUAUGGGAUUUUUAGCUACCGCUACC